AUGUAUCACUCCAAGAAAAAGAAAGACGGACUUCUAAGCUACCAAGACGAUGCAUGCCAUGUAUAUGGUUUCGAGGUGGAAAAACUACUUCAAGACAAUCACCCGAUCAAAGUUUUUCAAGUCAGAUCCAAACAAGACCAAAGCGUGAAGAAAGUCAUUAAAACUUAUUUCAAAGACAAUACUGAUGUUGACCAAAGAACCACAAGGCAAUUCAUGGCAGAAAUUUCAGUACUCACCAAGAUUCACCAUCCUUAUGUUAUGGGCAUGGAUACCAUGGGUAUCUUUCCUGGUUACUUCGCAUACGUGAUGCCAUUGUACGAAACAGGAACUCUGACCGAGGCACUGCCGACCAUGAAUCAGGAGAAGAGUGAUGAAUACCUUGUGCAGCUGUGUGCAGGACUUAAAUUUCUCCAUAGACAUAAAAUCGCUCACAGAGACAUGAAAACGGACAACGUGUGGUCAUUGCUGAUUUCGUGUGAUAUGUACGCACUAGGAGUAGUCUACUGGUGUAUGGUUUUCAAAGUCGAUGUCUUUGAUUUAAAGAGCACCGAGCAAAUGAAGGAAUUAGUCAAUACUUUGUGUGAUACUAGUAUAGACUGGCUGGUUUUGACCAAUCUUUUGGACCCGAGCCCUGUCGACAGGUUAACCUGUUACAAUCUCCUCUGCGUACUGGAGCAGCCUGAAUAUCGUUUUACAGACAGAAUAGCCAGUCUUAGAGGUAAUGGAAAAAUGUUCUAUCAGUCUGUCAUCAAUGUUUAG